AUGCUUAUUAAGAAGUAUCAUUUCUACAAAAUAAUCAGUAAAGCUAUCGUAUUCAUCAUCGUAUUUCUCGUUCUAUCUGCAUUCUUCUUGUCAUUUUUGAUCGUCAAACAGAUUUUACUAGGCAAAAAUGAAAUACACCAAGAAACAGUCAGCAAAAUUAAAAGAACAUUACGCAGCAAGAAAUACAACAGAACAAAAGUUGAAUACGAGUCGGACUUGUCAAAUUACGUCAACUCAAGUUUUCAAAAUGAAAAUCUGUACAGCAACUCCAUAACCCUAGUAACUGCUUAUUUCAAUUUGGGCUCCUUUCAGAAAGGAGAUCAAGAAGUCUACACACCUGAACUGUACAAAAAAUGGAUGAGAACAUUUUACAGCAUAAGGAACCCUGUGGUGUUUUAUUCAGAUUCUCAGGAGAUUUGUGAUUACUUCAGGACAUUAAGGCAGCAUCUACCAAAAUUUAAAACAAAAAUUAUUCUUAAAGAGAGAAGUUCCCUUUGGGCAUUCAGCAUUGAAAAAGAAACAGAAGAAAUUUUCAAACAAGUGGGCUAUCCAAAGCACUAUCCCAACACAGUUGUACCAGCAUAUUCAUGCUCCAUGCAUGCCAAAUAUGAGCUGCUGAGAGAAACAAUCAUAACGAAUCCAUUUAAGACCAAAUAUAUUGCUUGGAUUGACGUUGGAUUAUUCAGAAAUCUGGCACAGGAUAAGAAUCCCAUUGCCAAUCCUAAAAAAUUGAAAAUGUUUGGCCUGAAACUGCCUCCAGAUUUUAAUGAAGAGAACAUUGGCUAUACGGAAGUCCACAGAAGAAAUGAUGAUUUGUUGCCUGUCGAUAUCGUAUACAUCAAUCUGGUCUGGGUGUGUGGCUGUUUCUUUCUGGGCAGGAUGGACGUCAUGUUCAGAUGGACAGCUGAGUACAUGGAGGGUGUGGAGUGGUUGUUGAGGAAGAGGUUGAUGAACACUGACCAACAAAUCAUCUACGUACUGGCUAACUCCAAGCUAAUCAAAACACAAAUCCAAACGUACAAAGACUUUCAAGGACACUCAUGGUUUUAUUUAGGUUACUUGUGUAAAGAAACAUGGCUCAAGGAUAAAACAUUUGAAAAUUUAGUGAAAAAUUUAAAUUAA